AUGACGUCCACAAAUAUGUCAAAAGUAAAAAAAAGUGGUCGUUCAAUGGCUACAAAAGCACUGAUUAUUCAAGAGUAUAAACGACGGCUUCGAGAUAACAUCAAGUCUUUGAAUGAUAACUUCAUCAACAUUUUGCAAUCGGCCAAGGUCAAUGUGGACGAUGCAGCUCAUAGAAAUCCGGUGGGACGAAUGACAGAAUACUAUACGCUCAAAAAUGAAAUGGCUGCACGUGCUGCACUCAUGGUUCGAGCAGCCGAUGAACUACUGAAGCUGACACAUGAUCUGAAGGAGUUCUUGAUCCUUCACGAUUUUAAUUUCCUAAGUUCUGCGAUUGAAAGUGCUGAAGGUAGAGCCGAUUUGAAGAUGAAAGAUUAUGUGAGCAAAUAUGAUAAUUUACGUUUGGAUACGGCUUCAGUGAUAAACGAUAUUGAUAAAGAGCUCAAUGAACAUUUCUCGUUGAGGCAGUGA